AUGAAUCAAAGUAAAAAGAAUAACGGAAAGCCUCUUUUACCCAGAGAGGCGGAUACACAUGAAAUCACACCGGAAAAGCACACCAGACGAGAUGGUGGGACGGAAAAGCAAACAACAACAACAACAACAACAACAUCAGCAGCACAACAACCUUCCAGCCGCACCCCCGUUGGGGGUGGAAGUGGAGGUGGAGGUGGAGGCGUAGCAGCUCUCUUUGAAUCUUUGAGGCCCCUGAUGCAGGAAAGCAUCGUUUACCGUUUAUCGUUCACGCAUCAUCUUUCAUCCUCGCCGAUGCUGUUUAUACACUUCUACCAGUUCCGGCAUUCUUUCCGUUACGUCGCAAGUCGACGGCUAAGAGGACCGACCACACCACCCUGCCUGUUGCGUGGCAAGACGGUACCAAGGAGAGACGAUUACACGUACUUUGCCGAUCUUGGUGCAGGUUACAAGUUUCAUAUCGAGAAAAAGUCUUGGUUCGAUGCACGCAUCGCGUGCGAAAAAGAAGGCGGCCAUCUUGCCGUUAUCAACAGUUUCUCCGAGGCCGAAGCCGUGACUCUGGUCUUCUGGGAACUGGAUAAGACCAGAGGAUUUCCGCACGUUGCCUUCAUCGGUUUUCACGAUCUUUUCCGGGAGGGCGAGUACCUCACCAUCCACGGACAGUCCUUGGAACAAGCUGGCUAUCAACUCUGGCAGGAAUCGCAGCCCAACGACUUUGAUAACACACAAAAUUGUGGCGGCAUACAUAACUCGGGUUUAAUAAAUGAUAUUAACUGCGAGGCUGAGUACGAAUUCAUAUGCGAAAUUAAGGAUCCUGAACACAACAUCAGCUGAUCAAUCAAUUUCAAA